AUGUCUGUGACCAGCCGGAAGACAAGGUCAUCCCUGACCCAGGAGAUCCUCAGCCACCUGGGCCUUGCGAGCAAGACUGCAGCUUGGGGAACCCUGGGCACCCUCAGGACCUUCUUGAGCUUCAGCGUGGACAAGGAUGUGCAAAGGCUGCUGAGGGCCAUUGCAGGCCAAGGUGUGGACCGUGGCUCCAUUGUGGACGUACUGACCAACAGAAGCAGAGAGCAAAGGCAGCUCAUCUCUCGAGCCUUCCAGGAGCGCACCCAACAGGACCUGCUGAAGUCCCUGCAGGCAGCACUCUCUGGCAACCUCGAGAGGAUUGUGAUGGCUUUGCUGCAGCCUGCAGCCCAGUUCGAUGCCGAGGAAUUGAGGACAGCCUUGAAGAACUCAGGUUCUGCUGAGGAUGUGGCCGUGGAAAUUCUUGCCACCCGAAGCCCAGCCCAGCUGCAGGAGUGCCUGAUGGUCUACAAACAUAAUUUCCAGGUGGAGGCUGAGGAGGACAUCAAAUGUGAGACCAGCGGCAUCUUGCAGGAACUGCUCCUGGCCCUGGCCAUGGGGGCCCGUGAGAGCUACUCUGGAAUCAUUGACUAUAACCUGGUGGAACAGGAUGUCCAGGCAUUAAAACAAGCUGAAGGGCCCAGCACAGAGGGCACGUGGGUCCUAAUCUUCACCCAGCGAAAUCCUGAACACCUCGUCCGAGUGUUCGAUCUGUACCAGCGGUAUACUGGGCACGAGCUGGAGAAGACUGUCCACCACCUUUUCCAUGGAGAUGCCCAGGCAGCUCUGCUCAGCCUAGCCUCGGUGAUCAGGAGCACACCGCUCUACUUUGCUGAUAAACUUCAUCAAGCCCUCCAGGACAUCAAGCCCAAUUACCAAGUUCUGAUGCGCAUCCUUAUCUCUCGAAGUGAGACUGACCUUCUAAGCAUCCGAGCUGAGUUCAAAAAGAAAUUUGGCAAGUCCCUCUACUCUUCUCUCCAGGAGGCAGUGAAAGGGGACUGCCGGUCAGCUCUACUAGCCCUGUGCAGGGCCGAAGACAUUUGA